GGCCAGACGGCGUGGCUAUAGUGGAACGAGCGUGCGACACGGAGGCCUGUUUGCGCAGGGGACUCCCGUACUCGAAACUAAAGCGACUCUGCGGGACACGAGGAAAAAAGUCGUUGUUCGUGGAGGCGGAGGGGGGAGAAGAAGGACGCCGAUGCGAUGGAGAAGAUGGAAGGCGCGGAGAUGCGAGAGCUGGAGUUGAGGAGAGGAAGAAGUCCCCAUUUGUUGUGGUUGUUAGUGCGGCUGCUCUGGCCGUGUCACGGGGAUCGACUCCCAUAGUUAGUUCCCGGCUCCGUCGUGGAUCAGCUCGAUGUCGAGUCAAUUCACCUCCCUGAUGGUCGCAACCCCUCAAGUCAAGGCGAGUCUAUGUCGAAUCUUUUGGAUCCCGCGCGGAUCCUGUCGCGUUCGCUUAUCUCUCACACGACGGUCUCAACAAACUCACAGCGCUAGGUCGAGUAAUGCAGCGGGUCUCUCUGCCGUCCCUCAAUAGCCUGUUUCAAGACGAGAAAUGAUCUGUGUGUUCCACCUCGAAGGUGCAAAAAUUAAAAAUAAAUAUAGACGUCGAAAAAAGAGAGGAGAAGGAAGGACUGUGGAGGCGACGAGUAUGAUAUUCUACGGAGAAAAUGUGGGAGGAGGGACGUGAGCGUGCUGCAGCAGCGUCGUCACUGCAAGUUGGUCAGGCACCCAGAUGUCUUCGUUCAUCGACUUUUCAAUCAAUCAAAUCCAGAUCCAGUCCAGACAGAUGCAGCUGGCGACGGGCAGAAGAAAAGGAAAACCUUAUCAUUGGUUGCGAAACCAAGAAAUGAUGGACAUGGGUAAAAAGAUGAAGGGUCCUCUGCCUUUCUUUUGUUUUGUUUUGUUUAUUUUUACCCUCUUUUGUUUUAUGCGUUUUUCCCCCCCAUUAUUAUUACUAUGAUUUCCUGUUCCUGUCUCUUACACGAUCCAUUAUUACUGACAGUGGGAUCAGUCAUAACACUAACCCUAGUGCUAAUUAUAAACAGACGUGAAACGAAAUGAAGGACUCUGUUUGUGUCUUGUUAAACCGGUGGCUGGCGACGAGGCGAAGGUGCCGAGCAAGUGGAUCCUAUCCAAGCAACAAACGGAUCAUCAGUGGAGCUGCAGUGGAAGACGCACCUCUUGAAGUCCUGUCCGGUUCAGCUCGUCCGGAAAAUACUCCGUAAUAAUAAAAAACAGAGAUUAGCGGGCAAUCAUUGUGAUCUCACAUCGGAUGAUCGAUAGAUGAGAUAUCGAUCCAAGGACUACCUUUGUGCGCUCAGCUGGAAGAUUGGAGGGUUUGCCGUGGAUAUAUCUUCCGUGCCCAGCUCUUCAGGAUGAAGCCGAU